UUAUUAUGGAUUUAUGACGCUGAUUAAGAUCCUUUAAAGAUCCGUUUCUUCUACGGACGGCUUUCGUCGGCGCGUUUAAAAAUAAUUUUCUGGGAAAAACUAAUCAUGCAUGCGAAGUUCCUUACGUAAUUUUAAUUUAUAAUUUUAAAAUGAUGCUCAAAUUUGUAAAUUGCAAAUUAAUUUUGAAUUCCGUGCGGCACAAGAGUAUUCAAACAGGUAGUUUAUCUAAUUGCAAAGAUAUGGAGAUUGGUAAUUGUUCUGGAAGUGACAGAAGCUGUCAUCCACAUGGUUUGAGGGGCAGUAACAGGAGCUUACUGGAAUAAAAUUCGCAAUAAUGAGAUUACUGUUGAUAAAACUCAGUUAAAAGUCAUUGAAACCUUAGAAGAAUUGAGGGAAAAGUUGAAAACUUAUGUUGUGGAAAAACCAAGCAUGUUUUCCAAGCUUUUUGGAAAAGAAAAACAGAAGUAUCCAAAGGGUAUCUAUCUAUAUGGAUCUGUGGGUUGUGGCAAAACUAUGUUGAUGGAUUUAUUUUAUGAAAAUUGUCCUCUUGAGAAAAAGAUGAGAACUCAUUUUAAUUCAUUCAUGCUGGAUGUUCACUCUCGAAUCCAUGCUUACAAAAAACAAACUCUGAAAAAUACUUCCUCUGGUAGCAGAAAGAAUCUCAAUUAUGAUCCUAUUGGUCCAGUUGCAAGAUCUAUAUGUGAUGACACCUGGCUGUUAUGUUUAGAUGAAUUUCAGGUCACUGAUAUUGGGGAUGCAAUGAUAUUGAAAAGGCUUUUUACUGCUAUCUUUGACAAUGGAACUGUCCUUUUUGCUACUUCGAACCGAGCUCCUGAUGAUCUUUACAAAAAUGGCUUGCAGCGCAGCAACUUCUUGCCCUUUAUUUCUGUUCUUAAGGAAUGUUGUUUACCCAUGUGGUUGGAUUCAGGUGUAGAUUACAGAACAAAGUUUUCUGGUUCUAAGAACAGAUUUUAUGUUCAUUCUGAAAGUAAUGCUACCAGAGUAUUGGACGAAGCAUUUAAACUCCUGGCUAGUCGAGAAAAUGAUGUCAUCCGUCCCAAAACACUGACUAUCAAAAAUCGUAAUGUCACCUUACAGAAAACUUGUGGUCGUAUUGCUGAUUGUACUUUUAAAGAACUGUGCGACAGACCUUUAGGUGCUAUUGACUACCUUGUGAUCAGUCAAGUAUUUAAUGUGGUCAUCAUAAGAGACAUUCCUCAGAUGACCCGACGGCAAAAAUCUCAAGCUAGGAGAUUCAUCACAUUAAUUGAUACCUUUUAUGAUAACAAGGUUCGAGUUCUUUGUUCUGCAGAAGUUCCCUUGAAAAAGCUUUUUCUACCUGCUGUUACAAACCCGGUAUUGUUUGAAGAUGAAAACCGAGCUUUAAUGGAUGAUCUGAAUAUUACAAAAGGAAGUGAAAAUGCUGAUGCAAGUCUUUUCAGUGGGGAAGAAGAGGUUUUUGCAUUUGAUCGCACAGUUUCCCGGUUAACAGAGAUGCAGACAGAUGAAUACUGGAAUUUGCGAUCCUCCUCCUGAUGUACAGACAAUUAGUUAAGCAAUAAUAAUUAUGUUUAGUACAAACCACUCUACAUUAGCAAUAGUUUUUAACUUUGAGUAAUAUUUAGAUCUUUAUUUUAACUGUGAUACUAAACAAGAAGGAUUUUAUUUGGGAAAAAAAAAACAAUUAUGUUAGUUAUAUACAAUGGUUUUAACUGUACAUUUGUUAAUAAAAUUUAGUUGAGCUUA